AUGGCUAGCUCAUCUGCAAGACGCAGCAGCAUUGCAGUGGCCGCGACGCUGCUGGUUGCUUGGCUCGUUUGUCUCCGGCCGGCGUCUGCUGCAGCCAAGCCGUCAUCGUCGACGCUGGCGGGAACACCUGGGCCAGGAACAAAGCUUGGCAUCCCCUUGGCCAAGAAGCUAGCCAAGGUGGGUAAGAAAACGCUGAUCAACAAAAACUACGGCAGCGGCGACAAUGACCAGCUGGGCAGCGCCGCCGCCGACAACUACGGCUACGUCGUCUACGACGUCUCCGUCGGAGACGGUGCGACCAGCACUACCUUCUCCAGCAUCGUGGACAUCUCCGACGCGUUCGUCUGGGUCACCGCCGCCGACUGCGUGAGCGUCGUCAGCGCCUGCGAGUACGUCACGGUGUACAGCUGGGAGGGGGAAGGGAUCAACACCACCGGCUACAUCGCCGACCAGACGUUCACCGUCGUCGGGACGGAACCCGUCAUCACCGGUCCCGUGGUGUUCGGCUGCAGCACCGCCCGCACGGUGCCCCUGGAUGACGAGUCCAGCAUCGUCGGGUUCAGCAGGGGCGCCUACUCCUUCGUGUCGCAGCUCAACAUCUCCAAAUUCUCCUACUUUCUGUCGCCCGACGACGCGGACAGCUCUGAGCCAGACUCCCAGCAGAGCGUCCUCCUCCUCGGUGAAGCCGCCGUUCCGCAGACCAGACGCAGCCACUCCACUCCAUUACUCCGGAGCGCCGCCUACCCCGACAACUACUACGUCAAGCUCACUGGCAUCCAGGUCGACGGCGAGGACCUUGGCGGUAUCCCCAAGGGAGCGUUCGACCUCGCAGCCGGCGGCGGCUCCGGCGGGGUGGUGAUGAGCACGCUCAUCGCCGUAACGUACCUCCAGUCGGCCGCGUACGCCGCCGUGAAGCGGGCGAUAGUGGGAAAAAUUAAGUCGCCGGCCGUGGACGGCUCGGCAUUCGGCGACGGCGGCUUCGACCUGUGCUACGACGCGCAAUCCGUGGCGGGGCUGACAUUCCCGAAGCUGACGCUGGUGUUCGGCGGUCCGGAUGCACCGGCUAUGGAGCUAACGACGGUCCACUACUUCUACAAGGACAACGCCACUGGGCUGCAAUGCCUCACCUUGCUGCCAAUGCCGGCGGGCCUGCCGUUCAGUUCGCUCCUUGGCACUCUGUUGCAGACGGGGACGAACAUGAUCUACGACGUCGACGGCGGCCAGCUGACGUUCGAAAAGGCGGCAGCUCCGCCAGCGGGCAUGCAGCUCAUGGUGGUAGCAUACCCUCUCCUCGCGUGGGUGCUCCUGCUGCUCUAA